CUAACAGACAUCUCCAUCUGUUUCAUCUUUCAGGUUCUGGUAAAGCAGAGUGCGUUCGGGCGGUCGACGUCCUGACAGUGCUCAGAGAGAAAGUGGCCUUCGUGUCAGGUGGACGGGACAAACGUGGUGGACCAAUCCUGACCUUCCCUGCCAGGACCAAUCACGAUCGAAUAAAACAAGAAGACCUCAGCCGAUUGGUCACUUACCUGGCGACCAUACCCAGUGAGGAUGUGCGUGCUCGUGGCUUCACCGUGGUGGUGGACAUGCGCGGCAGUAAGUGGGACAGCGUCAAACCGGUUCUACGGACGCUGCAGGAGUCGUUUUCCUCCAACAUCCACACGGCGCUGCUCAUCAAACCAGACACCUUCUGGCAGAAACACAAGACCAACCUGGGCAGCGCCAAGCUCAGCUUCGAGACCAGCCUGGUGUCAGUGGAGGGUCUGUCCCGGCUCGUCGAUCCCUCCCAGCUGACCUCUGACCUCGGCGGUUCAUUGGAGUACGACCAUGUCGAAUGGACCGAGCUGCGUCUGGGUCUGGAGGAGUUCAUGGGGGCCGCCACACAGCUGCUGGCCCAGCUGGAGCAGCUGGAGGCCGGGCUGAACCGCAUACCGGAGCCCCAGGAUGUGGACGAGGCCCGCAAACUUCUGGAGGAACAUGGCCGUCUUCGUAACACCAUCGCCACGGCACCAGUCGACGCCCUCGAGCGAGAGGGACGGAGCUUGCUCCAGCGCAUGCGCCUGGGCCCCUCCCACAGUGACACCUCCACUGAAGGCAGUGGUGGCGGCGGUGGUAGUCACGGCAGCUGGCUGUCGGGCGGAGCAGACUUCCAGAGUGUUGCGCCAAAGGUUUCGUCUUUGCUGGACCGGCUGCAGGCGGCUCGCACUCACCUGCUGCAGAGCUGGAGCGACAGGAAGCUGCACCUGGAUCAGGCGCUGCAGCUGCACCUGUUUGAGCAGGAUGCCACCAAGAUGUCCGAGUGGAUCGCUCACAGUAAAGAACUGUUCGUGCAGAGUUUGGCGGAGGUCGGGCAGAACCACCAGCAUGCCCUCGACCUCCAGACACAGCACCAGCACUUCACCGCCAACUGCAUGAACGGCAGUGUCAACGUGGACAGCGUGGUUACUGUGGCAGCCAGGCUGGCAGAGGCCGGUCACUAUGGGGCAGAGCGAAUCGCCAUGGUGUCGUCGCGGCUUCAGGAAGACUGGAAGUCCCUGACGACGGCGCUGGAGGAGCGCAGCAACACGCUCGCCAUGGCAACCGGCUUCCACCAGGGGGCAGAGCAGUUCCUGCUCAAAGUGGAAGGUUGGGUUCAGGCGUGCUCUGAAGGCCCGUUGCCGUCGGCGACAGCAGAGCUGGAGGCUGCAACAAAGAAACACCAGGAGCUGAAUGAGGAGAUCUCUGCCAACUACACCCAGGUCAGUGAGAGCGGGAAAGCCUUAUUGGACGUCCUCCAGCGUUGCCCGGCAACCGAAUCCGAGGAGUCGACGGCCAAACCGGACUUCACAGCUGCCACGCACGGCAUCAUGGGAGUUCUGCACCAGGUCAUGCAGGGACACCAUGAGGUGGAGGUGGCGUGGCAGCACCGGAAGCUCCGCCUCCACCAGCGCCUGCAGCUGUGUGUGUUUCAGCAGGAUGUGAGACAGGUGUUGGACUGGGUGGAGCAGCAUGGUGAGGUCUUCCUGAACAAACACAGCGGGGUGGGAAAGUCUCUGCACCGAGCGCGAGCGCUGCAGAAACGCCACGACGACUUCCAGCAGGUGGCACAGAACACGUACACUAACGCAGAGAAGCUCCUGGAAGCAGCCGACCAGCUGGCUCAGUCAGGAGAGUGUGAGGAGGAGGAGAUCUACCAGGCUGCCAGGGACCUGGAGCUCCGCAUGCAGGCCUUCAUCCAGAGGGUGGAGCAGAGGAAGCUGCUGCUGGACCUGGCUGUGUCCUUCUACACCCACACCAAGGAGAGUCAGGUCAAACAGGUGCUGGGCUGGAUCUCAGAGGGGGAGGUGAUGUUGUCGUCCUGCAUGUUGAACUCCAGCUGUCUGUCUGAAGCUGAGCAGCUACAGAGGGAGCACGAGCGCCUCCAACAGGCCAUAGAGGCUCUCCUCCACGCAGACUCCUUGCAGAGGACUCACCAGGUGGCUCUGGCGCUGCAGCAGAGGGCAGAGCUUCUGGUCAGGUCAGGUCACUACGACCCAGAUGCGGUGCGGUCUUGUGCCCAGACGGUGGCGCUGCACUGGCAGACUCUGAUGCUGAGGAUUGAAGACCGACUCAAACUGGUCAACGCCUCCGCAGCCUUCUACAGGACGUCCCAGCAGGUGUGUGGGGUGCUGGAGAGUCUGGAGCAGGAGUACCGCAGGGAGGAGGACUGGUGUGGAGGUGGAGAGAGGCAGCCGGAGCUCCUCCUGCCGCUGGUCAGUAAACACAUGGAGCAGAAGGAGGCGUUCCUGAAGGCCUGCACUCUGGCCAGACGGAACGCCGAAGUCUUCCUCAAGUACAUCCACCGUAACAGCGUCACCAUGGCAAACAUCUCAGGCCACAGUGUCACCGUCUCCGGGGUGACGGGGGUCACCGAGGUCACGGGGCACUCCAGGGUGCCGGAGCAACAGGUCAAAGGUAUCCUCAGUGAGCUGCUGCAAAGGGAAAACAGAGUUCUUCAUUUCUGGACUUUGAAGAAACGUAGACUGGAUCAGUGCCAGCAGUACCUGAUGUUCCAGAGCCACGCCCAGCAG